CUGAAGAUACGCGUCCGUAAGGGGGAGAGGACCCCGGCCAGCCUUCAGCAGUACAUCUAUGUCCCGGGGGAGAGACUGGAGGGACAGGUCCUGUUAGAACUGGGUGGGGCCAUAGAAAUUACAGCUCUCGAAGUCACGCUUAAAGGCCGCCAUAUAUUUUGGUACAUGUCAAAAGACGACAUGGGACGUGCUCUGCACACAAAAUCUAAGAUAUUCUUAACAAUACACGAUCUCCUCUGGACGGAAGAUAACACCACUGGCAAGAAACUUAAUAAAGGCAGAAACAUUUAUCCCUUUGAAUUCUUCUUGCCUGUUGCCAUUCCAAGCACUUUGAAGGUUGGGAACAACAUAAAAGGUGCACGAAUCAAAUACGAAGUCAAGGCAACUUUUUAUACGAAAGGUGGCGCAAAGGUUCACUCCACUAUUGCUGAAGCCUUCGUCUCCCGCGUUCUUCCUAACGACUUGGUGCCUGAAGAAUUUCAGAAUCCUGUUCAAGAACUUAGACGACAAAUUUAUUUCUGUGGGGUAUGGUCCUUAAAAUGCAAUCUACACAUGCCCAAAAGAAUUUUCACGGAAGGGGAGACUGUACCAAUUGACAUUCACGUUGAAAAUAAUACCGGUCUAAAUAUAACCGAAAUUCAGUGUAUUUUAUAUCAAACAGUGCGAGUCAAAUGCACGCUUACAAAACACUACCGCUUCCAAACACCAAUUUCGCGAUUAUUAUUGCCCGUUCUUAUCGAAAACGGAGAGGAGAACACCUUUGACAAUAUCUUAAUGCCAGUGCCCAUACCAUUGGAAGCAAGCAGUCUACACCACCAGGAGAAGUGUCUAAACAGAGUACGCAUUGCGUAUUUUCUGAAGGUGAUCCUGAAAACACCAACUUUCGCUUUUAAAGAAAUCACGGUUUCCUGCGUCCCACUGUGUAUUACUACGUUGCAAAAAACGGAGACGCCGAGGCUACAUGGCUGUCCGGCUGCUUUGUCUCACCAAGGAAGUAUUCAUGAGGUUUUUGACAAAGUCGUAAGGGACGCCAGAGAACUUAUCUGCAUCAUCAAAGAACAUUAGUAGCCACACUGACCGAGGACAAUCCUGCAUUUUUAAAGGUGUUAAGAAGACAUUGACCGUGGUGGACUUAUGGCGGCGUACAGAACAGAAUGGAUCUCGUUGAACAGCCGAUGGAUUUUCUUUUUAAUCAAAAACCGAAGUGAAAAAGACUGAAGAUUUUUCUUUUUAUUGGACGUUUUUAUUAUUUCAAAUAAACGACAAACAUGACAUAUAGUCGCUCUUUAAAUAACCAGUGCUCGAAAAACUGCUUGGAUGCUUAUGUUGGAUGUGCUACCCUACACUUGAAAAUGGUACAGACUCAAUGCUAACAGACACAAGGAGUCUUUCGUUCUGUACAUACAUUCACACGCGGUUGCAUGCGUCUCUCUCUCUCUCUCCGCCAAAAUUCCAAAUCACCAAAAUAUUUCGUGGCUUCCAUCAUAAUCUGAG